GCGAGGGGUUUGGUAGCGUUGCCGUGCGCUGUGUGAUCUGCGCGCUGCGUGUAUGGAGGAAGCAGCUGCUGAUCUGAUCUCUGACAUUGUGUGUGAGACAGACAACUGAAUAAACUGCGCGCAGACGUGUCUUUAAACGCACCGCACCGAGGCACGCCGUGCAUGAUUACCUCUUUGAUUUAAUGGGUCCAAUUAUUGGGAUGUCACCAGAUAAGAAAACGGAAAUUCCGGGUAUGCAAGAGGAGCGGGCAGGGCUCAGAGGUGUUUGUGGUGUAGGAACACUGCCCGAGGCGGAGUGCGCAUCCAGUCCGCUGGCAACUAGUGUGGAUCGUACAGGAGGUACCGAGGAUGAGGAGCUCACCAACCUCAACUGGCUCCACGAGAACCUGCUUCAGAACUUUACUCUAGGGGGCCCUGAAGCUCAGACAAGCGGCAGCCCCCUCUUUGACAUAGAAGGAGACUAUGGGUCCAACCAGGGGCCGUCAUCCUCCUCCUCAUCUUCGUCACACAGCAGAGGCAGGGAGCGGGAUUCGUUGAAGUCGAAACCGCCUUUCUCAUUUUCCCUGCUCAUCUACAUGGCCAUUGAGCAGUCUCCCAGCAAGUCAUUGCCUGUUAAAGAAAUCUACGGCUGGAUACUCGAGCACUUCCCUUAUUUCUCCAAUGCGCCCACUGGCUGGAAGAACUCAGUUCGUCACAACUUGUCUCUGAACAAAUGCUUCCGCAAGGUCGAAAGGAGUUUGGGAAAGGCCAAUGGAAAAGGUUCUCUCUGGUGUGUUGACCCAGAGUACCGCCCCAACCUAAUUCAAGCUCUUAAGAAGCAGCACUUCCCAGCCGCACAUGCCUUCUGCACACCACCCGCCUCCCCACCCAGUGCCUCCUCACCCCCUCGUCAUCUCUUUCUACAAGGUUGCUCAUUCAAAGAGUCUGACAUUGAUGCUGCCACUGCCAUGAUGCUCUUAAACUCUGCCCCUGGGCACCACGUUGACCCAUGCAAUUCUGACAGCCCUCUGGACCUCUCUCGGCCUGACUCUGUCCUGGUGAGCAGCGAUCCAAAGCAGGACCACAACUACAGCAGCGCAGCCCUGCAGCGCUGCUCCUCCCGCUCCUCCUCGUCCUCUCUUUCCUCUCUGGACGAAGGGGGCUGCGAACGUAGGCAGUCUCACCGCGCCGGCAGCGAGGGUUUCCACAGCGACGAGGACUCCGACCUCUGGGAUGAGAGGGGCGUUCACCAGACUUCUCGACGUCCGCUUGCCGUCAAGUGGCCCCCUGGCAAAAGGGCACGACGCGAGGUCAAGCCGGAGCUGGACGAGGAGCUCAAGGAAGCUGCCGGCUCCUUGCUGCACCUCGCUGGUAUACGCAGCUGCACGGAGGGCUCCAAACGCACUGUCAAGAGCACAAAACUUAACAGGAAAUAAAGUUUCUUUUACCCCCAUAAGACUCUGGACCCAAUGAAACCCUAACCUCUGACCCCUGAUCAUGUGUCCCAGUGUGCCUCCUUCUCCUAAUCUGAUCGUUCAUUGGCCAUUUUGAGCCCUUUUUUUUUUUUUAAUUUUUGUUUGUUUGGGAGUAUCUCUGUCCAACAAAACAAAUGGCAAUAGUAUCGUUCACACAGGAGAACAAAGCCAUAUACAGUAACUCGGGGGUAACUUUUGGGGGUGGGUCUUUGGGCUAUGGAGAACCAUCAAGAUACCUAUCCAAGACGACCUGCCUGCUUCUGUUGGAUUAGAGGAUUGUGACUCAAGAAUUUUCCUCUCAAAAACAAAAUGUGACACAAAAACAAAACAAAAAAAAAACACAAAAAAAAAGCUGAAAGCUGGUUUUAUAACUCAAAGCGUUGCAUGCUUCCUCUUCAAACCCGUAUCCUCUUCCAAGUGAAUCUAUUUAUGAAGCGAACGAGUGCAUGUUUGUAACAGAUGAACUCUAACCUCCUGGUGUUAUCAUUUUCUCCUUUUUUUUGGUUUGUGCUACAGAAGAAAAAAAAAUACCGCUGUUUUGAAAGGAGUUCCUGCUCUUGUAAAAAAGAGAUGCAAUAAUCAAUCCUCAACCUUAACGUCCUGACAUUAUUCCACGGUGGCAUUUGUAAGUCAAGUAUGCUAGUUAAAAACUUUACAAUUAAGCGAAUGAAUGGAGUAGUAGUAUUAUGAUCUUGUUAUAAACUUAUUACACAGGAAAUCCGACUCGAUUUCACGAUUAGCAACAUGUGGAAAUAGUAUUACUCUCCCACUGCCAAAUUUAGUUGCAAAGUUAGCUAGGACUUUGCUUGGUGUUGUGCGGCCAUUACAGCACAGCUUUUUUUUCCUUUCACUUUUUUUUUUUUUUUUUGUUUGUUUGUUUGUUUUUUCCUUUGCAAACCACCGCUCAUGCUGUCAGCCUGUUUGAUUGAUCCUUGGCAUUUAUUGUGCAAGCACAGGGCAUAUUUUCACGUUUGAUGACAGCCUAUGCCAUGUGUUUGCUGCGUGUUCAUUGGUUAUCCUCUUUACUUUUUUGUGCACACGCGCGUUUGUUUGCGUGUGCGUAUCGCAGUGUAUGUCGACUUCAGCCCAGCCGCGAGAUGGCGGUCAUGACAAAAAGAGUUUAAAACACUUUUCUUCUGCUGACAAAUAUGAUAUAACGUACUGAUGUAAUGACACGUCUCCUUGCUACUGCUGUAUUGUAGAGCUGCUCUGCUUGCUUCUGGGCUUUCUGAAUGCAGAGCUGCCUAAUGGUGAGGGGGAAAAAAAAAGGAGCGGAUAGUACAUUACCUCUGCGUCUCACUCCAAUAUUUGGAUUUGCAGUUUGAUUAUAUCUCUGGCCUUGUUUAUUAUACCCUGUACUUUAGAAAAUUACUAAGUUAUACAGGUAAUUUUGAGUUGGUGGAUCUUGUGGCCAAGUUAAUUUGCAGCUUGAAGGAAGGUGUGUGGGGAUUCUUUUUUUUUUUUCUCUCUAUUGAGAUGAUUUAGAGACUUGCAGCAUAGAGCACACAAAUGUAAAGAAAAAGAAGGGGGUCAGUGUAAUCACAAAGAAGUGAACUCUGUACGUGCAGUUGCUCGCAGGCGAGAUGCUGAAGAUGCUCGUUGCUCUGUGCUGUGCCCUCGGAUUUGGCUGGCUGCUAGGUUUUUUUUUUUUUCGUCCUUGCUCUUCCUCCUAUAACAAAAUAAGGAAGUGCAUGUUCUCUUCUCAAGCUGUGAAAUGGAGUGUGUAUUGUCAGUUGAUUGCACGCAGUUCUCUGAGGGGAAGUUGUGAGCCACUUGCCUAGAAGGCCACAGUUUUCUGUUUUUAUAAAAACAAAGCAAAUACAAGCAGAGUACAGUAAACAGUAGCACAGAUGAGUACUAGGAUAACAAACUGGAAAACAUAUUUCUUCCCACUGUACUAGAUCACAUAGUGUCAUUGUGACUGUUAGUAUAGCAUGCAUGGUCGGUGCCAAAACAUUUUCUCGUGCCACUGAUGUAAAACUGCGAACGGCCGUGAUCACUAUGUAUCUGACCCCCCCCCCCUCCCCCCGCCACACUGUAUUUGUGACCUGGAGUUUUCUGAAUCAGGAAACGGGAGACGACUCUGGUCAGUGCAUUGACAUAACCAAUCCUUUGGUUUACAUUUGUCGCUUUAGAGUGGGAACUGCUCUUUGCAGACUAAGCUGCAGUUCUCAGAAGAUAAUACUGAGUGCAUACACUGGUCUUGUUUAGCUGUGAAAAGAAAAAAAAAAAAAAAGAACAAAUUGUUCAUUAAUCAACACCUUAUUUAUGACUUUAAUUUAUGGGAUUUAUUUUUGAAUGCAUACUCUAUCAGACACUGGUCAUUGAAACAAAUGACUAGGCACAUUAUUUUUUUUUACCCUCACUCUGUGAACUCCUUAAUAACUAUUUUGUUUUCUCCUUGUUUAUAUUCAGCAAUACCCCCCCCCCCC